UGCACUCGGAAGCAGCACAAGCAUGUCGCCGAUCUCUGACAGUUAGAGACUUGAUUUUCCUACGUUUAUUUGUGUAGUUUGUGUUUAUUUUGUUAAUAUUGUGCAGGAAAAGUGUGUUAAAGAUCAUGGCUGCCGCUCGGACUGUCGGUCAGAUGCUUCAGCGCCGUAUGGUGUCCAGCGCUGCAGCAGCUCCUCGUCUGUCGUCUGCAGCAGUUCUGGCUCAGCGCAGUGCUCAGUUCUCCAGAGAGCAGCUCCGUCAGCGAGCGCUGCAGCCGCGGGUGGAGAAGGUGGAGGUGCAGCUGCAGGGGCCGGGCCUGCAGGGGACGCUGCUGGUGAUGAACAGAGGCCUGUCUACACCAUACAGCUGCGCACGCCACCUGUCGGAGUGGCAUGUGAACAGCAGUGCGCUGGCGCUGGUGGACGGACAGCCGUGGCACAUGCACAAACCCCUGACCCGCUCCUGUGAGCUCACACUGCUGACCUUCAGAGAUCCAGACCCACAGAUUCUCAACCAGGCGUACUGGCGCUCCUGUGCGGCUCUUCUGGGUCUCGUCCUGGAAUCAGCCUUUAAGGACCAGUUCAGUGUUGAGCUGCUCAAGAUUCCUGAAGUGCCAGUGACGGCUGGUGCUUUCUGCUGUGAUCUGCUUCUGGAUCCGCUUCUGGACUCCUGGAAGCCCACGGAGGAGAAUCUGCGCAGUCUGACGCGUGACGCUCUGCAGAUGAUCAGCAGAGAUCUGCCCUGGGAGCCGCUGGAGGUUUCAGCUUCUCUGGCAUUGGAGAUCUUCUCUCAGAGCAGGUGUAAACAGGAGGAAGUUGAAGAAGCAGCAGCUCAGAGUCAGAACGGGACGGUGACACUGUACAGGUGUGGGGAUCAUGUGACGCUAAGCUCCACCCCUCUGGUGUCCCGCACGGGUCUUUGCUCUCAGUUUGAGGUCACGUCGAUACACACACUCUCAGAAAACACACGUGGAGUCCAGCGCCGAGCUCAGGGGCUCUCACUGCCCAUCAACCUUACUGCUCAUCAUACAGUCUGGAGGAAGCUGCGGAAAAGAGCAGAAAGACUGGUGGAGCUUCCCUCAUCUUCAACAUUGGCUCCUCCUCCCAACACAAAGGCUCCACCCACUGUCUCUGUGACUCCACCCCCUCUGCCAUAACCCCGCCCCAGCACUCUGUUUGUAUGAUAUUGUUGAAUAAACGUGUUUGCCUCAUGUCUAA